GUUUGUUGUGUAGUGCCUGCAUACAUAUUAUAAUUUAUUCUAUUAAAACAUCCGAUCAAAGCAGCCAGUGUUAAACCCGGAAAUAACCAGCAAUGGAAGUUGAUCCAUCCGUUGCACCUGCACAACCGAAAGUUGAUACAGUUCCCAAUGAUGCUAUACCUAAAUCCCCAAAAGAUCAACAAGAGCCGAAUCAAGCCGCAGCACCCGCCGGCGCGGAGGCACCAGCUGCACCAGGAGCUGCAGGAGUGUCGGUGAAGGAAGCCCCAAGACAGUCGCCAAAGAAGCCAAAAAAAAGGAAACCGAAAACUCCUCGAGAUGAGACCGCACCGCGACAGCCGCUCACCGGAUAUGUAAGGUACCUAAAUGAACGCAGGGACCAGCUCAGGGCGGAUCACCCUGAGCUUGGCUUUGCCGAGGUGACCCGGCAACUGGCCAGUGAGUGGAGCAAGCUGCCCGCUGAUGAGAAACAACAGUACCUGGAUGCAGCAGACCAAGACAAAGAAAGGUAUAUCAAGGAAUGGGCUGAGUACAAGAAAACAGAUGCAUACCAAGAGUUUAGAAAAACUCAACUGGAGCAGAAAGAAUCUGGUGCCACUACUACUGCUGCAGCCAAGAAGAUGAAACACAAUCCACCACCACCUCCGGACAACACCCCUGCUGCAACUACUACUGCAACUGCAGCAGUUGCACCAUCUAACACAGAGCAGACUGUGCCUGCUACAAAUGGGAAUGGUCCUACUGUGAACUCAGUCACGGCAACUGGUCCUCGGCAGCAGACACCACCUCGGCCGAGAACCUGCAUCACACCAGCUUCUGGUGAAGACAUGGGCGACACCGACAUACCCAUCUUCACUGAGCAGUUCCUGCAACACAACAAGCUGCGCGAGGCCGAGCUCCGGCAGCUGAGGAAAGCCACCUCUGACUACGAGCAACAGAACGCGAUCCUGCAGCGGCACGCGGAGGAGGUGGCCAACGCGACGGCGCGGCUGCGCGCGGAGACGGCGGCGGCGGCGGAGCGCACGGCGGCGCUGGCGGCGCACCGGCGCGCGCUCGUCGCCACGCUGGUGCAGGCGCUACACUCGCUCGCGCUGCCUGGCGGGCUGAAAGGAGCCACAGAAGCAAAUAUUGAAGAAUACAUGUUGAAGCUGCAGACCCUAGCCACUGAGGGCAAGAGCACCGCCAUUGUCAAACAAGCACGCGACAUUCUCAACAGAGUCGAACUACCUAUCUGAAUUAUGUUUUGUGUAGUGUUGUAUUGAGAAUUGUAAACUAUAAUUUUGAAGAAUUAUUUCUUUAAUUAUCUAUGUAUUACAAAUAAAUGUAUUCUUACUCAUAAGUA